GCAAGCCAAGCCAAGUUUUCAUUUUCCCUCCUAUUGCGUAUUCGAAGUAUAUUUUCGGCGUUCGAAUUUCAGUGAGACUUCGUGUUGUUCAUCAGUGUUUACUAACCACUAGAAGGUUCUUAGUCAUAAUUGUUUAUUUCAAGAAAUUUACAAUGCGUAAAGUAUCCAAAAGCCGUGCGGACGACGAUGGCAUUUCAUCUGCCAACGGGUCGGUAAUAAAUGAUGAUCUGUCUGAUACACAAACCUCUGAUCAAAAUGAUAAACUUAGCGAGUCAGACGCUGAACCCAGAGGCGAAUCCGAAGAAAAAGAAGUCGGAAAAAAGGGAAAGUCUGCUAAGAGCAAAGGCAAGAAAAGAAGAUCUGAAAAAGAGGACAAUAACGCCGAAGAAGAAUACGAGGUGGAUAAAGUGGUUGACUCUAAGAAGAUCAAAGGGAAAUUGCAUUAUCUUAUUCGCUGGAAGGGUUAUUCUGCUGACAGUGACACUUGGGAACCUGAAAAUACUCUUUCUUGCGCUGAGCUCAUCAGCAAAUAUCAUGAGGAAAAAGGCAAUUCAACGAAGAAAAAAGAAUCGUCUCCAAAGAAAGGGAAGAAGAGAGGAGCUAAAAAAGAAAAAUCAAGCCCUAAGAAGGCUAAAAGAGCCAAAACUGAGUGGGACAGUGAGAAUGCUGAUGAAAAUGCUGAAUAUGAGGUUGAUCGUAUCUUAGAGGUUCAUCAUGGCAAAAAUGGCAAAAGAGAGUUCCUGAUCCAUUGGAAAGGAUGGUCUAACAAAUUUGAUUCUUGGGAGCCUGAAAACAAUCUCAACUGCACGGACUUGAUCAAUAAGUUUAUGGAAAAGGUGGAAGCAGCCAAAUCCACAGAUAGUCGCAGUUUAAGAGUGGCACCCGGCACUACAAACCGCUUUACCUUACAAGCCCCUUCUUCAGGCCGCAGACUCAGCAAGAGGCGUGGUCAGAAGCAGAGAGUUCGCUACGACGACGCGGAAUAAUGUCAAGUUUAUGACCUCCCAUAAGAAGAAAGCAGUAGGACCUACUUGUUUGUAAGCAGAACGUGUCCGUAUUUUAUUUUCCUAUUUUUUAUUUUUAUCUUGUUUUGGCCAGACACCACUACAAUUGAAUAUGAGUUGGAGAGGGGACCACAAUCUGAAAGUUCGAAUGCUUUAUUACUUUUAUCAGCGUAAUGUACUAUGUAGGCAGCGAUUUGAAUUUUAGUCAUUUUACCACAGUUAUUUUGGUUUAAAAAGGUAAAUGUUGAAGGAACUCGAUUGUGGACGUACAGUCAGCAAUACUAUUCGCUUAGCACCUUCGCAUACAAACUUCUUUUCCUGCAGCUGACUGUACAUAACUGAAGACGCUAUUCUUAUCCCUCUUAUGUUAGUUUGCUAUGUUAUGUUACCGUUACCUUUCCGUGAUGUUAGUGUCUUGGGUAUUGAUCUGGUUUUUUUUUGUGUGAAAACUCGCGAUUAUCCUAUCAUUUUCUUAAGCGUUUCAGGAACUGAAACUAAAUAUGAAUAUUUAAAUGUAAUAGGUUUUAUUUGACUUCUUUUAAACCAAGGGACAUGACAUAGUUAACGCGUCUUCAAUUCAUUAUUACUCUACGCUAAGUACAUACAUGUAAUACAGAUGUAGGGCAUAAUCUAUUGCCUUCGUAUUUUCUCGGAAACGUUCGUAUUUGUCAUGCUACUUGAAAUAGAAUAACACGCGUUUUCGUGAAAAUACGAUGGUAAAUUAAGGAUUAUCUGUACAACACUACAUCUGUACAAAAUUACAGACAUGCAAUUAAAUAGUUGUCUCAUGGUUGUUGAAAUAGGUAUAUAUAUAUAUAUAUUAGGGAUGUACCGACUAGUCGGGAAAGCCGACUAUCCGGCCACAUUUGUAGUCGGCGACUAGUCGGCAAAAUUAGCCGAAUAGUCGGCACUAUUUAAUCUUCAGGAAAGAUAAGAUUUUUAUUUCAACUCUUUCAAUUCUACUCUAACAAAAACAGUCUUUGAUAUUCUGUUGACGUUGAGAAUCUCAACAUUGAGAAUACUUUGAGAAUACAACGUUGAGAAUAACAACUUGAGAUUGGCUGGCCGCUGGAGCCGAUAUAGCCGCCGGUGUCGGUGAUGGUGUCGGCGGUAGUUGCGGCAGAGAAAUGGAACGAGGUGAUGAAUCGCUAGAUUUAAUUGCAGCGGCCAGCUGAGGCAUUUGGUGUUUGUGUUUAUAUUUGAUAUGAUUUAGUAACGAGCACUGGGUGCACCUCACUUUAUUUGCAUCGCCUUCAGCAUCUUCAAAAAAAGUCUACACUCGCGAUUUCCUUUUCGACAUUUUUCGUAUUUAUUAAGAGCACUAUAUGUAUUAUUUAUUUAAGCAGUUAUUACAAUUUCUUGUUUUCGCUAUGAAACACGAAAGGGUGACUAAUAAAUCACGAAAACUUAGGUAGACAAAACUAGUCAUACGUAAACAUGAACGCAAGAUUUGUGCUGCCAGAGGGCCUACC